AUGUCAGGGUUCAGACUGGACCCCGACCCCCAGAGCACGGCCCACCGGUACCAGCGUUCUGAGUCUGGAGAUCCAGAGUCUCUCAGCACGCCGGACUCAGCUGUGGACCUGUCCAGUUACUUGUUAGAAUAUUGCAAAUUGUUUUUAUUUUGUUUGUUUUUCUUUCUCUUUUCAGAUAUUGUUGGUCAGUAUCAGCCUGACCUUAAAGAGUUUCUGAAGAUGAAGUUCCAAAGUCUCUCUGAAGCUGGAAAUCAAACCGUUCUGAACCAGAUCUACACAGAGCUCCACAUCACAGAGGGGUUAACUAGAGAGGUCAACCAGGAACAUGAGGUCAGACACAUUGAAACAGCAUCCAGGAAACAAGAAACAACAAUCAGAAGAGAAGACAUCUUUAAAGUCCCACCUGGAAGUGAUCAACCAAUCAGAACAGUGAUGACCAUGGGAGUGGCUGGCAUUGGGAAAACACUGUUAACACAGAAGUUCACUCUGGACUGGGCUGAAGGCAAAACCAACCAGAACAUUGAUUUCAUAUUUCCAUUCACUUUCAGAGAGCUGAAUUUGUUGGAAGAAGAAAAGUUCAGCUUAUUAGGACUGAUUCAUAAAUUAUUUUCUAAAACCAAAGAAAUCAGCAGCUUUGAAACGUUCCAGGUUCUGUUCAUCUUUGAUGGUCUGGAUGAAAGUCGAUUUACUCUGAAUUUCAACAACAAUCCGAUCCUGACUGAUAUUACAGAGUCCAGCUCAGUGGAUGUUCUGGUGACAAACCUCAUCAGGAGGAAACUGCUUCCCUCUGCUCUCCUCUGGAUAACCACACGACCUGCAGCAGCCAAUCAGAUCCCUGCUGAGUGUGUCGGCAUGGCAACAGAGGUCAGAGGGUUCACUGACCCCCAGAAGGAGGAAUACUUCAGGAAGAGAUUCAGAGAUGAUGAAGAGAAGGCCAGCAGGAUCAUCUCCCACAUCCAGAAAUCAAAAAGUCUCCACAUCAUGUGUCACAUCCCAGUUUUCUGCUGGAUCACUGCUAAAGUUCUGGAGGAUGUGAUGAUGACCAGAGAGGGAGAAAAACUGCCAAAGACUCUGACUGAGAUGUACAUAGCAUUCCUGGAGGUUAACUUCGCAAUCAAGAAGGAAAAGUAUGAUGGAGGAAAAAAGACAAGAUCAAUCUGGAGUCCAGAGAACAAGAAGCUGAUUGAGUCUCUAGGAAAACUGGCUUUUGAGCAGCUGCUGGAGGGAAACCUGAUCUUCUAUGACAAAGAGCUCAAAAAGUGCGCCAUCAACAUCAAAGAUGCUGCGUUGUUCUCAGGAGUGUUCACUGAAAUGUUUAAAAGAGAGAGAGGGACGUGCGACAUCUCCGUCUACUCCUUUGUUCAUCUGAGCAUCCAGGAGUUUCUGGCUGCAGUCUACAUGCUCCACUGUUUCACCAGCAGGAAGUCAGAGGUCAUGGAGAAAUCCCUCAGCAGUAAAAAUGGCCACCUGGACCUGUUUGUCCGCUUCCUUCAUGGUCUCACUGUGGAGUCCAACCAGAGACUCUUAGAAGAUCUGCUGGGUCAGACAGAGAACAGUCCAGAAACCAUCCAGAGAAUCAUCACCAACCUGAAGGAGAUGAACACUGAUGAAAUCUCUCCUGACAGAAGCAUCAACAUCUUCUACUGUCUGGUGGAGAUGAACGACGUCUCAUUUUAUCAGGAGAUCCAACGGCUGCUGGAUUCAGGAAAGGAGCUCUCAGUGACUGACUGUUCAGCUCUGGCCUUCAUGCUGCAGAUGUCAGAGGUUCUGGUUGAGUUGGACCUGGAGAAGUACAACACAUCACCAGAUGGACGACUGAGACUGGUUCCAGCUGUGAGGAACUGCAGAAAGGCUCGACUUGGUGGCUGUUCGCUCCAAAAGGCUGAAUGUGAAGUUGUGGCCUCGGCUCUGAAGUCCAACUCAGAUCUGACUGAACUGGAAAUAAGUCAGAUCGACAUAGAUGGAGGUGGAGACUCUGAUCUGAAGCGUCUGGUUGAGAUCCUGGAGAGUUCAGUCAGUAAAGUGAAGAAUCUGAGAUUGAUGGACUGCAGCUUGUCAGAGACCAGCUGGACUUCUCUGUUCUCAGCUCUGAAGUCCAAACCGACCCAUCUGAGAGUACUGGACCUGAGCAGAACCAACCUGGGAGAUUCUGGACUGAAGGAGCUCUGUGAUUUUCUACAGACUGAAGGCUGCAGACUGGAGACAUUGAUAUUGUGGAGCUGCAGUUUGUCAAAGAUCAGCUGUGAUUAUUUGGCCUCAACUCUGAAGUCCAACAGCCUCCAUCUGACAGAACUGGACCUGAGAGGAAACAACCUGAAGGAUUCAGAUGUUCAGCAGCUGAAGAAUCUUGUAAACACUUUAAUGUAA